GGCCGCCGCAGCCUCCGCCGUCGUCGCAGCUGCCUCCGCCACCACCGCCGCCUCCUCUUCCUUGGCCACCCCAGAACUGGGCAGCAGCCUCAAGAAGAAGAAGCGGCUCUCCCAGUCGGAUGAGGAUGUCAUUAGGCUAAUAGGACAGCACUUGAAUGGCUUAGGGCUCAACCAGACUGUUGAUCUCCUCAUGCAAGAGUCAGGAUGUCGUUUAGAACAUCCUUCUGCUACCAAAUUCCGAAAUCAUGUCAUGGAAGGAGACUGGGAUAAGGCAGAAAAUGACCUGAAUGAACUAAAGCCUUUAGUGCAUUCUCCUCAUGCUAUUGUGAGGAUGAAGUUUUUGCUGCUGCAGCAGAAGUACCUGGAAUACCUGGAGGAUGGCAAGGUCCUGGAGGCACUUCAAGUUCUACGCUGUGAAUUGACGCCACUGAAAUACAAUACAGAACGCAUUCAUGUUCUUAGUGGGUAUCUAAUGUGUAGCCAUGCGGAAGACCUACGUGCAAAAGCAGAAUGGGAAGGCAAAGGGACAGCGUCCCGAUCCAAAUUGUUGGACAAACUUCAGACCUAUUUACCACCAUCAGUGAUGCUUCCCCCACGGCGUUUACAGACUCUCCUGCGACAGGCGGUGGAACUACAAAGGGAUCGGUGCCUAUAUCACAAUACCAAACUCGAUAAUAAUCUAGAUUCUGUGUCUCUGCUUAUAGAUCAUGUUUGUAGUAGGAGGCAGUUUCCAUGUUAUACUCAGCAAAUACUUACAGAGCAUUGUAAUGAAGUGUGGUUCUGUAAAUUCUCUAAUGAUGGCACUAAGCUAGCAACAGGAUCAAAGGAUACAACAGUUAUCAUAUGGCAAGUUGAUCCGGAUACACACCUGCUAAAACUGCUUAAAACAUUAGAAGGACACGCUUAUGGUGUUUCUUAUAUUGCAUGGAGUCCAGAUGACAACUAUCUUGUUGCUUGUGGCCCAGAUGACUGUUCUGAGCUCUGGCUUUGGAAUGUACAAACGGGAGAACUAAGGACAAAAAUGAGCCAGUCUCAUGAAGACAGUUUAACAAGUGUUGCUUGGAACCCAGAUGGGAAACGCUUUGUGACUGGAGGUCAGCGUGGGCAGUUCUAUCAGUGUGAUUUAGAUGGCAAUCUCCUGGACUCCUGGGAAGGGGUGAGAGUGCAAUGCCUUUGGUGCUUGAGUGACGGGAAGACUGUUCUGGCAUCAGAUACACACCAGCGAAUUCGGGGAUAUAACUUCGAGGACCUUACAGAUAGGAACAUAGUACAAGAAGAUCAUCCUAUUAUGUCUUUUACUAUUUCAAAAAAUGGCCGAUUAGCUUUGUUAAAUGUAGCAACUCAGGGAGUUCAUUUAUGGGACUUGCAAGAUAGAGUUUUAGUAAGAAAGUAUCAAGGUGUUACACAAGGGUUUUAUACAAUUCAUUCAUGUUUUGGAGGCCAUAAUGAAGACUUCAUCGCUAGCGGCAGUGAAGAUCACAAGGUUUACAUCUGGCACAAACGUAGUGAACUGCCAAUUGCGGAGCUAACAGGGCACACACGUACAGUGAACUGCGUCAGCUGGAACCCGCAGAUUCCAUCCAUGAUGGCCAGCGCCUCAGAUGAUGGCACUGUUAGGAUAUGGGGACCCGCACCUUUUAUAGACCAGCAGAAUAUUGAAGAGGAAUGCAGUAGCAUGGAUAGUUGAUGGCGAAUUUGGAGCAGACGACUUCUGUUUAACUUAAAAUUAGUCGUAUUUUAAUGGCUUGGGAUUUGGUGCAAACAAACAUGAUUGAUAGCUGGACAGACAUGCUCGUCAUGAAAAAAGAACCAUUUCUGAAGCCCGAUUGGGGCCAAACAUUUACACCUUGCUUCAUAGUAACCAGUUGAGAUGAAGCACGUCGUUAGAACGUUAUUGGACACCAUGUUGAAUUAUCCCCCCAUCGGUUGUGAAGAACUGUGCUACAUUCAGGCUUACCCAUUGAACUCAGUAUAUAUAUUUUUUUCCCUCCUGCCUUUUGUCUGGCGGGUUACCAUUCUUGUUGCUCUUCUGUGUAAUGAAGUUUAAAUGCUUGUUUGGAACUUUAUUUAACAGUUUAGAAGGCUUGAUAGAAAGAGUGCAUUAGUCUGAAGAGUAUACAUUGGAUAGGAAAGAAUUUCCUUCUUUUGUUUCUCCAAAUCUUUCCGCCUUAUUUAGCUUGAGAUCUUUGCAGCUUGGUUCAUGGAUUCUAGCCUUGCCCGUUGCGCAGUAUAUACUGACCCAGAUGAUAAACCAGUGAACUAUGUCAAAAGCACUCUCAAUAUUACAUUUGACAAAAAGUUUUGUACUUUUCACAUAGCUUGUUGCCCCGUAAAAGGGUUAACAGCACAAUUUUUUAAAAAUAAAUUAAGAAGUAUUUAUAGGAUUAAAGUGACUUCAUUUGUAUACAUUUGGAAUCUAAACCAGCUUAAAAACAGUUUCCUGUAUGACUUAGCUACACAGUAAGAAUGAUGCUCUCCUGGAAUACCACAUGAGACAUGGUCAGAAACAGUGCUUGGAAGGACAUCACACAAAAAAUUCAGGAGUACCACUUUGAAGGUUCCCCUUUUGUUUUAUUCCUAAUGGAACAUCAGUACCUGAUCUUGAAGAAAUUCAAGAUUCCAAAAGAAUUUUAAAUGUAACCAACAUGAGAGAUCAGUAGUCAGUUUAGGUUUUCAGAAAAGCUUGUUCCAAGUCUUUCUCAACUUGGAAAGUCAUUUUGAUGUGAUCUAGCAAGAGAGUAGAAAUCAGCAGAUAUAACCACUUUGGAAGUUUAUAGUGUAAUUGUGAUUAUUAGAAUUCAGCAAGUUACAAACAUACUUAAACUGGGAUUAAAACCUCAUAGUCAUUUCUCUUAAUUGCCCUUAAUAUUUUGACAUAUAGAAUACAUAAAUUUAAAGAAUAUUCCUUCUCAGUUUUUCAGAUAUUGCCAUAUUGAACCUCAUUCUAAACUGGUGCUGUGGAUAGUCUUUCCUGCUCUCUCCCUGCCCUUUUUAGUUUAAGGAAAGGUUUCCUUCAUGGAAAAGCACUUUUAAUUUUAAAUUUCACAUUUAAAAUAAGCCAAAAGCCUAAUGUUCACAUUGUGCUUUUAAGCCCCAUAACAGCUGAAUACAACAUACUUAGUCUCCCUUGAUAUUCCCUCCGUUUUUCAGCAGAGGAUAAAUAAGGUGACCACAGCUGUUAUGUUGGGAAGAGGAGUGGUGGGGAUACACCCCCUAAAUCAGUCUGGUGAAGAGAAAGUCCUGUACCCAGUUCCCCCUUAGGCCUAGUGUAGCCAGGUCUGUAAUACAUCAUUACCAUAAGUAGACUCCUUCAGGAUUCACCAAGAAGAGAAAGGCUUGAAUGUCAGGAAUUCUCCCAUUGUAGGGUGGGGGUAGGGGAUGGCAGCAGGGAGAAAGGGGAAAGUCAGGGAAGGGGAGAAGAAAGAAAACACAUUUGGCCUUAAAAAAGCAUGGAUUCUCCCAAAAGCCCAUAGUAAAAGAAAACGACAGAUCGUGGUCAGCAGAUUAUUUUAUCAAAUUGGUAUAUAAAAGAUUUCUUUAAGCUCCAUUUUGCAGAGACCACCACUUAGAGAAUCAAAGAAUUCCUGUUUUGAUAAUUCUGAGUUAAAAAGAACUAUAUGUUACAGUUUAUCUGGUACUUCAUUUUUCUUAACUAAAAUUACUUUUUACUUUAAGCUUGAAUAAAAAUCUUCAUUGGUAACUGUAUAUAAUUAAGUGGCAACUUCUCUUUACCUCAGUACAGUUAAAAUCAUUCAUAUUUUUAAGUGAUUUCAUGUAUACCCUGAAGCCGUUAAUACACCCCAGUCUCUACAGUAACAUCACUAGCAAAAUGUGGGCAUAGAAACUCCACAGCUGUUUACAAAAUUGGUUACGGUGUGCUGCGGUACAUUGGUAACGGUCACUGAGAUUUGUGCCCAGUCGGGCAAUUUGGCACUCAGAUUCUACUCUCUGCUUCACCCAGCCGCCCCAGAUCUGAGUUUUCCGAGUGCUUCUGCAGUACAGUGAAAAACACUUUAAAAAAGUGGAGUAGAAAAGUGAGGCACAUUUUACAAGAACAUAACUCCUAUUAAAAUGGAGUAACAACUAUGCAAAGGUUUCUAUAGCAGCUAGGUGAGUGUGUUCUCCAGGUUGUCUUAACUGGCAGCUCCCUAUAUAUACUGGUACUUUGCUGUGCCAAUUUGCCGUAAACGUCUGUUUCAUACAUUUGCCAUGCAGCGACUGUUCUAGAAAGGCGACAUAAAUGGUGAAGAAACCUAAGAUUUUGUAGUGUACCUGAUGGCAGGAUUUUUCUAAUCCAUACCUAUUAACUGAAAAUUUCUGAUAGCGCUACAGACUCUAGUUGGCCUCAGAGUGAGAAUACUGUCAAGCCAGCCACAAGAUACUCACAAAUGUAUAAACUGAAAAGUACCAAUACUUUUUGCACAUAGAUUAAAAUAGAGUGGAGAAUUGUAGCUCUAAAAAUCAGGUUAGUAGGCUCAUUUCCAUGUGCUUAAAAAUGUUUUUGUUGUUGUUAUAUGCAUUGAUUAAGGGCUAGAAUAAGUAUGAAAUUAAAUGUCUUUUUCCUCCAAAUAAUUGAUUAUUAUUGGUAAAAUGGUGGAUUUGGGGGUUACUAAGACCAGUGUGGGUGAUGGUAAAGAAUUAGAGUGGGAGCUCAUUGGGAGGGAUGACAAUGCUUCAGUUUUGGUUUUUGUAUUUUAUUAGUAUUCAUGCCAGCUACAUUUCUGUCCCUCUUACUGGCCAAGUAAAUGUGUUAUAUUAAACCAGGUAAGUAGUUUAAACAGGAAAUUUUAUGCACACAUCCCUACAAAUUGACCCAUUUUAUUGGGUGGGAGAACAAAAAGGGAUUCCCUGACUUUAAGGAAUUAACCUAUUAGUCAAAAAAAAAAAAAAAUUCAAUUUUGUCAAUGUUUUCUUAGUCUGGAAAAACACAAAUAGUAAUGUGGUGAAUUUUAUUAAGUGUUCUGCCUCUAGAGUGGCAUUUCAUGACAUUAAUAGAGCAUCCUUCUUUCCCACCCCUCCCCGUCUUGAAAUUUUCUUUUUUAGGAUGUUGGUUCCUGCAAACAAGAACUGACCCUAUCACCUCUGCCUCACAGUGGGUAAAUAUAUCGUAUAUCUCUUGAAAGAGAAAAUAUCCGUGUCAGUUUCUUUCACGGCAGAAGAAUGGCUGCUUUUGAAUGGGGAGGAAAGAAGACAUUUUUCUUAAUAUCCUUUUUUAUCCCAUCUCUAAAAUGUAUAAAUUUAUUUAGUUGUGAUUUCUUAUUUAGACUCUAGCAACUCUCCUUUUGAGUUGCUCUCCAAAACAUUAUUCCCAUUUCAGAAACCAUACCUGAUUUAAUAUAAACUGCUAAUUUUUAAAAGGAGAGGUGAAUUUACAUUUACACUUAGACACUUUCUAAAAACAGGGUGAACUUAAUUGAAAUUUUUCAGUGUUGUUAAGCUAUUGUUCUAGUAGCUGCCAUAGUUACAAAAACUAUAAAAACCCAUCCCCUAUCUACUUAAUCCAGAUAGCCUGGAUUUAAUAAAACUAAUCGUAUAAAAAUGUAUGUGUGUGUGUGUCUGUGUAUGUGUGUUGUGUGUCUGUGUGGGAGAGAGAGAACUUAAUUCAUAAAAAGUCCUGGAAACAGCUGUUCUAGGUUCUUGUCAAUUUUACUAAAAGUCUUGUGCACAUGUGAAGUGCCCUCUGAGUUUAAGGUUUGGUUACUACUGGUAUAUUUUUAUAAGAUCGAAACCGUGUCCUCAUCUUUAACUUAAACAUAUUCAUUAUCAGGGUCAGUGUGCUAGAAUUGGAUCAUGACAUAUUUAGGCACAGAGGGAAAAGGUUGUUGGCUUCUUGAAAAUGUGUGUGUGUGUGUGGUGAGGGGAAUAGAUCCACAAAAGCAUGUA